AUGGACGUCACAGCGUCCAUCGACAGUAUUGGAUUCGGGAGGUUCCAAUGGUUGCUCCUCGCAUACACGGGGCUGGCAUGGCUGGCCGACGCCUGCGAGACCAUGCUGCUGUCGUUCCUGGGCCUCGCCGUGAAGUGCGACUGGGGCCUGACCUCGUCGCAGGCCGCGGCCCUGACCAGCGUGGUCUUUGCCGGGAUGAUGGCCGGGGUAUACACCCUCGGCGCCCUGGCCGACCAGCUGGGCAGGCGGCGCGGCUUCCUCACCUCGGCCCUGCUCCUGGGCGUAGCGGGCCUGGCCAGCGCCUUUUCCCCAAACUACUCGGUGCUGCUGGGCCUGCGCUGCGUCGUGGGCUUUGCGCUGGGCGGCACGCCCAUCGCUGUCACCCUGUUUGCCGAGUUCCUGCCCAGCCGCGGGCGCGGCGGCUGGCUCCUGGCGCUGCAGGCCUGGUGGACGCUGGGCACGGUGGUCAUGGCCUGCAUCGCCUGGCGCACCGUGUCCACGCCCGGCCUGGGCUGGCGAUGGAUGCUGGGCCUGGGCUCCGCGCCGCUCUUCCUCCUGCUCGCGCUCUACCCGGCGCUGCCGGAGUCGCCGCACUGGCUGGCCAGCCGGGGGGAGGAGGCCGCGGCGCGUGCCGUCCUCCUCCGCGUCGCUCGGACCAACGGCCGCGGCGCGGGCGGGUGGGGGCUGGGCGCAGCGCUGGCGCGGGUGGCGGCCUCGCUGCGCGCGCUGUACUCGCCCGAGUUCCGGCGCACCACGCUGCUGCUGGACGGCAUCUGGUUCACCAACGCCAUCACGUACUAUGGGCUGGUGCUGCUCAGCACGGAGCUGCAGACGGCACACAAGGAGGAGCAGUGCACGCCAGAUGGGCAGCCCAACCUCGUGGGCCGCGACUUUUUGAACAUCGUGAUCACCAGCGCUGCAGAGGCCCCGGGCCUGCUGGCCAUCGCCUUCCUGGUGGAUGGCCGAGGCAGGAAGUGGAGCCUGCGGGCCGGCCUCCUGCUCACCGGCCUGUCCAUCCUCCUCCUGCUGGCGGCGGGGCCGGGGGGUGGGGCCCAGCUCUUCAUGCUCUUCCUGUCACGGGCGGGGAUCAUGGGGGCCUACUCAGUGCUGUACAUCUACACCCCGGAGAUCUACCCGACAAAGCUGCGAUCCUUUGGGCUAGCCCUCUGCAACGCCAUGAGCCGGGUGGGCGGCUUUGCGGCGCCCUACGCCACCGUGUCCCUGGUGGAGUCGGGGCGCCAGACCGCCGCGCUGUGCCUGCUGGGGGGCAUGUGCCUCCUGGCCUGCGCCGCCGCCUUCUUCCUGGAGCACGAGACGCGGGGGCGCGACCUGCAGGCCGUGCGCCUCUCCGGACCGGAGGCCGAGGAUGAGGCCCUGGAUGGCACGCCGGUCGGCGCCAGCCCGGCGAUGUCGGCCGAGCUGGUGCACACGCCCCGCCCGCCCUCCGGGGCCCAGGCCUCGUGA